AUGAACCUCAAGCGAAAAUGGGGAGAGAACCGACAAGCCUUGGCUGUCAUACAUGCCGCCAGCGACGGAUUCGAUGUGAUCAGGCCAAACCUAUCUGUGCGCGAUGCAAGCGGGCAGGCUACAAAUGUCAGGGUUACGAAAAAGUCUUUCGCCAACAAAACUAUGGCGUUCACCAGAGCGAGGAAGGGUCAAGAAAACCGUGGUGGGAGUGAAUCACCUCACAACAAGACGGUCAACGAAGAUUGCACAUCCACAUCCACUCUACCUGAGCCAGCUGAUCAUCUACUGCGUGGCGAAGGCCUGGCCCAAAGCGCACCGUUGAAAGAGGCUAUAAGCGCUCUUGUUCCACCUGAAGUGAUUUUCACAUCUUGGCUGAGCCUAGAACCAUUUCUUGAUCAUGUCACCUUUUCCUACUUCUUCGACUCGUACGGCUGGAUCAAUAUCCACAGCAUGCUAUUGCAAGAUUCUCCAAUGCGACAACAUCUUGCCCAAGAGCAUGAUGCUCUUGGCUAUGAUAGUCUACGAGCUCUAACCUAUGGCAUCUUCGGUCGUGAUCACAAGAUUAGCACUCUACAGCGUUCAGCCUCUCGAAUCUAUGGUUCUCUUCUUCGAAAGCUCCAACAUAAGCUAGACACGUCGACAAAAGCAGAUUUGGCACGACUUAUCAAGCCAAUUGCAAUUAUGGGGUCUUACUCCGUAAGAGAUACCGCGCAGUUCGAAGACUUCUUAUUGACUCUCAGGCAGAUUGCGGUAGAAAUGACCAUCGAUUUACGCAUCACUCGGGAUUAG